UGAUGUCACGAGAGCUGCCCGUGUUCGUUCCAGCUGACUCCAGCCGCGGUCCGAGCGAGCGAGCGAUAGAGAGAGAGAGAGAGAGAGAGAGCGACUGGAGAGAAAGCGAGGGAGAGGAAAGCGGUCGCAACAAACUAAGGAGAGAAAAGAGAGAGAGAAAAGAGACAAACAAAGAAGACAGCAACAACCAUCGAGCUCAACUUCAUCGCGUUUUAUACUUUUUUUGGUUUGCGCUUGAACGUUUUUGAGUAUCCGUUUUUUUCAGUUUGAUUUAGAUUCCCACCCACAAAAAACGCCUGGAUUUCGGCUCUCGUAGAGACUAGCCAGCCCUUCUGCUGCAGUUUAUGAGUCGCUCGUCUUCGUCGUGUGAGAUUUGUUGGACCGCUGGCUCCAUGGACGGCCGUCGUUUCCAGCUGAUUCAGUUUUUGGGAGAAUAUAAGCGUCCUGGCCGGGAGGAGCGCCAACUCAGCUUGGUGACAAAUGUCAACAAAUGAACGGACUGUCCACUGACCGAGACGUCGAAGCUGGAGGUGCGAUUAGCGGCCAGCAACUUUGUUGAUCCGGCAGGGAGAGAGAGAGAGAGAAUCGCCCAGGGCGGCAGGUUUAAAUACUCUUAAAGGCGCUCGCAGAUCUGAGACGGAGAUGGAGCGAUCCUGCUGAACUGAACACACUGUACCGGACGUACACACGCCUUUCAGUUUCCACAUGGAAAUGGAUUAAGUGCAGCGCUCCGGGGAAACAUUCUGGACGCAGUUAGGGGUUCAGACCCGCCCAUUUCUGUCUUCUGCCCCUCUGAAAGGCCGAAGUGCGGCUGUACUUCUACAACAAGACCUAGUUGUGCUGACUUCAGAGUUACUCGUUGGUCGAACCUCAGCCAAGUUGUUGUCAGGCUAUGUCCAGACAACUCUCUCAGCUUUUACCUCCAGAGCUGCCCGCUGGAGCCAGUCCACAGUUUGGUCCUGCCAAUCCAGCGCCUUCUACUCCUAAUGGCCACCUGAACUCCAUGGCCAGUCUAAAAUCUCUUCUACAGCUUCCUCUUAAAGGUGACAACAGAGCGAAAGACUGCUGUGAGAUGAAAGAUAAAGAGAAGCCCUUGGACUCUGAUGAAGACUCGCUGGGUGGGGUCGGGGGCGUAACCGGGGGCGGAGGCGCCAUGCGCAGCUCAUCCCAGUCAGCCUUCCUGGGACCAUUACUGUGGGAGCGCACCCUACCGUGUGACGGCAGCCUGUUCCAGCUGCAGUACAUGGACCUGGAGGAGUUCUUGACUGAGAACGGGAUGGGCUGCAUGCCAUCAGGGAACGCCUCCAGCGCCCAGGCCCAAAUCCCCUCUCAGAGUACGCAGUCAGCCGUACCCAGCCAGAGCUCCCAGUGUCCCCCCUCCUCACCACCCCCCUGUUCCUCCUCUGCGUCCUCCAUUUCAUCCCUCUCCUCCUCAUCCUCCUCUUCCUCCCUGCUGGGCCUGGACGUGCCGCAGGGCCCGACACCGGGGAUGCUGGGAGGGCCUGAGUGUCUGCAUGGAGGGCAGGCAGUGCAGCAGGACCCCUCUCCAAGCUCCUCCUGCCCACCUCCACCAGUGCCCCUGCCCACCAACGCUGCUGAUGUGAUGGUGAACUUUGACCCAGACCCCGCUGACCUGGCCUUGUCCAGCGUCCCAGGCCAGGAGGCCUUCGACCCCAGGAGACAUCGUUUCUCUGAAGAGGAGCUCAAGCCUCAGCCCAUGAUCAAGAAGGCCCGCAAAAUGCUGGUGCCAGAUGAUCAGAAGGAUGAAAAGUACUGGAGCCGUCGCGUCAAGAACAACGAGGCUGCCAAGCGCUCACGAGACGCACGGCGGCUAAAGGAGAACCAGAUUUCCGUCCGCGCUGCUUUCCUCGAACGGGAGAAUGCCGCGCUCCGACAGGAAGUAGCCGAUAUGCGCAAAGAGCUGGGCCGCUGUCGCAACAUCAUCAACAAGUACGAGAGUCGCCACGGAGGCUUAUGAAGAGGAGGACUAAGAAGGACGAGAGGAGAAGCAAUUCAGUCAAUGUUUGGAAGAAGAAAGCAAGAGUUUAUAGACAGGACUGUUGAACCAGACAGCAGUUUAUGUGCGUACUUGUUUCAAACUUGCACUGCGACACUUGCAGACUGUGUUCCUCUGUGAGUGGUGGUUUCGGUGAAGGUGGUGUUGUGCAUGGCUGCAAACAAGUACUUUGGCGAACAUUUUAAUAAUCAUAGUCGAAGGGAAUGCUCACAAUGUCUAGACGUAAACACUGUUCAGGAUACUUUUUCCAAACCUUUCUGUGAGUAUUGAUCUUUUCCUGCCUUUUUUUUGGGCGGGCGAACUGAGCUCCUGCCGAUUUUUAAGGGUGACUGUCAAACUCGUGUGCGGUGUUACCCAGACCUUAUGAACAUUCCUUCAUUGUUCUGGCUAAUUUUCUUAGAGAGAGGAUUUUAUGAGGCGACCCAGGUGUAAUUUUUUCUAUGACAACAAAAAAAAAACAUUGUAUAUUUUUGAACUGGUUAGGCACAGAUAAGAUGGAAGGAGAGGAGGACGAGACAACACAAAGAGAUUUUGACAUAGGAAAAAAAUAUAUAUGUAUAUUUUUAUACUUACAGAAGCAGACAGGUGAAGAGAUUUUGGAAAAUAAUCUUUUUUGUAUAUUUUAUAUAUGGGUGGGUAGGGGUAGUUGUAGAGAAAGAGGGCUACAUGAAGAUGUUUUCAACCAUAAUCAGGACCGAGCUUGUUUGGUUGAUUCUAUUUUAGAUGUAAGGAAUUUUCUGGAAGAUAUAUUUUAAAGGAGAAGAUAGAGAAUGGGCUGAAACAGUGGCAGAUAAGGUGGACGGAUGGAGGCGGAGAACUUUGCUGACAAAAAUAAACAGUUGAAGGUGAAGCGAAGAGCGAAAUGAGAGUCGCGCCGAUUGGAACUUUGUUGUGGGUUCGUUUAAGCACUUAAUUUGAUGUCGUCAUCGUCUUCUUCUUCUUGAUUCCUUUCUUUCUUCAGCCUCGGCAUGUGUUUUGUCCUGAGCUAAGAGAGGAGGAAGAAAAAGAGAUAGAAGGAGAUAUUGGAAAGCUCUGGAUACUACAUCCCGCCACUACAUCCAAGGAAUUUCAUGUACAAAUCAUUUCUCCAUGUAUAUAUUUUACACAUUCAAGUUACUAUGUCUUCUUAUAUAUACUGAUAUACAUAAAUAUAUAUAGUUGUAUACACACAUGCACACAGACUGGACCUUGGUUCGCAUGGCCAGUACGAUGCAACGCACAAAAACGACUCCUUUUAUGAAGUCUACACACACAUACUCGAAGCUAUUUCAGUACAGUGGUCCCUGUUUUCUCACUCUAUCUCUUUCUCUCACUCCCUCGGUUCUGCUUUUUUCCGACAAGAGAUGAUGCUGGUUUGGAAUUUUUUUUCUGCCCGUGUUAGGUUGGCAGUGAGUGGGUUGCAUGGUGGCGCAUGCUUGCGUACUGUACGAUCAGCACAGAAACAAAAAAACCCACCCUUGUGUUGACAACUGUCUUUUUAUAUGGUGCUCACCCAGUUCCUCCACCCACCCACACACACACACACUCACACACACACAAACCGACACAGUACUCGACUGCCUACAACCCUGUUUCUCUUAAUGGUUUAUUUUUUUCCUGUACUGUGGGGAAUUGAAUAUAGACAAAAACACCUGUUUAUAAAACUCCUCAAACUAAACCCAGUGACACUUUACUAUCAGAGGGCUACAUGGCACCUACAUAAGCCUCUCAUAACUGUCAUAAACCUUCAAAAAUGCUAAUUCCAAGAAGCAUCCAGACAACUGACGCUUGUUGUAAUAAGCCUUUGUAAAUGUCCAAAUAGGUUUGUCUGUUGUCACGAAAGGCUUAUGUAGGCAUCAUGUAGCCUUAGGAACGCUGCCCUAAACCCUUACAGAUGAAUUGCACCCUAAUACUACUGUACCAUUAAAAACAAUGUACCAUUAUAUAAAUAUAUAUAUAUUGAAUAUUAAACUAUUAUCUCACUAGGUAUGUGUGUGUACAUGAAUAUAUGCUUGAAUAUGUGAUUUCUAGAUGUAAUUUACAUAACUUGAAUACAUGUAGUAUCUAUACAGAACAUCAUAAUUAUAAUAAAACAAUCUGAUUUCUUGCCCAAUUUGCUCAGGUGUCUGGCUUCCAGAAGCAAAAAUCUUAAAAAUGAUCUAAAACGUUAAGGUUCCUGGGACAUAUUUGGAUUUUUUUUUUUACAGUAGAAUUCAGAGAAUUCCAUGGAAAUCCAUACUACACUACCAGCUCAUCUUGGGAAGGUUACAAAAACAGUGCUGGACAUAUAAAAAGAUGUCCUUUGUUGGUUUUACACAAACAGAUUCCAGUAUAUUUCCUUUUUUUCCAUUCUCGUUACUCUUAUUGCUAGUAUUAUCAUUGUUGUUGCUGUUAUGAUUGCUAUUCUUCUAUUUCUUUUCAGCAUUUUCUUGCAACAACCUUUGAUAGAAAAUGCAACGCUCUCUUACCAUCUAGAAUAACUCCAAGACUGUUAUUUGUUGGCACCAUCCACCAAGACUGUACAUGGCUCCAAGUGCAUUGUGGGGGCUGUUGUCUUGUCCUUGUACGUAUGAGUUUAUAUAAGCUGAUACAAACACACGAGAAUUGAGCAACUGAUGUUUGUA